AUGGCUGGUGGACUCGCUCAACGGCCACUGUCUGAAGUGAGCCCGAUGGCACAAAGGCGAAAUUCACCUAGUUCGAACCAGGCUUCUAAGACACCGGGUGGUGAGCAGACCGCAUACGAUAUCUCACCUUUAAACAAUGGAACCUCCCCACACCUCUUUUGGAAGGGCCGUGAAUCACCAUCGCCGUUCUCUAAGGGCGCUGAGAACCGGGCGCCUUAUGACCCAGAGUCUGUCUUCAUACCCGCUAGGCGUCCAUCCCUCGAGGACUUGAAGCGUGUGUCGCGAGUGAAGAAUCACAACAUGUUUAGGGAGGGUGGCCAAGAAUAUGAUCCCGCGCGGGUUUCUGUGCCCCACAGGCCUUUGGCCGUCGAUCGGUCUCCUAACCGAGAGAGCCAAAUGAACCUCGCCAAGUCGCAGUUCACAGACGAAGACGUUGAGGAAAUAACGCGACCACACUCCCCAAGCAAGGAGCAGCCAUCGCCGAGCAAAUCUUCACUUUCCAAGGCCACUCGAUACGGUAAGGGCUUCGACCCACAAAGCGAUAUCUGGUCCGAGUAUGAUAGUGCUGGCCACCGACAUGCUAAGAGUGUGACCUUCGAUGCUGCACCGCCCCAAGUAAACGAAUAUGAAAUGCGAACACCGGAUCCAUCAUCAUUGGCUUCCGAGUCCCGCGAAAACAGUUAUGAUUCGGAGGACUACGAAGAUGCUGGAUUUGAACACGAGUCAUCUGUGGAGCGCGAUGACAGCUUUGACGCAUCCCUCGAGGAUACUGAAAAGACACCGGUCGUUCUACCAGACGAAUGGCGAUUCAUGAGUCCCGGCGUCAAUGACGAAGGAGAUUCCUUCGCAGAUACAGUCGACGAUGAAGUUGUUGAGGACCGACCACUUUCACGCGGAGGUGAAUCUUCCCACCACUCUCGUGUCGAGUCAUUAGAUUCAAAUGGGGAGCGACGUCCCCUGCCACCUCUGCCCCCACUGCCAUCAGUAUCCCGUGCAUCUGGUUCACGUCCCUCUUCAGCAAGCAAGACGUUGGAUGCUUUUGAGUUUGGCAGCGGUAGUCAACGGGGACUUCCAGCUCCACUUGCUCCGGCUUCCUGCAAAAAGGCGGACAUUGACGGGGAUAUGUCACUGGAGGAUAGGCUCUCCCUUAUGAUGAUGCAAGAUCAGAAAAAGCCGGAUGGAAAUGGCGAAGAAGAGGAAACAGGCGAACGAGCUGUUAGCCCGAUGCCAAAGGAGGAUGACCUGAACUCUGCCGAUGAAAACGAUGAUGCUGAGGAACCAGCUGCGAAUGAUAUUUUCUCACCACCUCGUAUAUCUCGGGACUCAAUCCUAAGGGACAUUCGCAAGGGCGACAGCUAUGAGGAGGACGACUAUUUCGACGAAGACUCUCACAUCCCGUCCAGCCCCGAUGAAUAUGGCAAUUACGACCCUGAUGUCCCUAUCCCGUCAUUGGAAAUAGACGAUGAUGACGAUGCUUCGAGUGUGAUUAUCAAAGAAGAGGCCCAUGACGAUGAUCUUUACGCUAUCCCAGACUAUUACCAGAACUCAUCAGAUCACAGCCUCUCCUCUCGAGAUCACCGUGCGAAGUACGACGAAGAUAGCAACUACUCCUUGAAGUCAGCCGCUGAAGCUGCUGGAAAUAUGCAUAGCAACGGAUCAGGCCAGUCUACCCCGCUUGCAGGUGCGGCGAGCCCUCUUGCUCCCGAAUGUAACGAGGUAGAAGAAGAUGCAAGCCUCGAAUCCGAGGCCGACCACCAUCUGGAUCUGGCCUCUAUUCGCCAGUCGCUUGGUCGCCCGGUGACUCCUGAGAUGAAGGAGGAGCCGAUUUCGGAACCAUCUACACCAGACUCGGUGAUCCGUCAUCCGGUUGAGGAUGAGGGAGAAGAAGCAUUUGAUGACGAUGAACAGGAGGAGUUUGAAGAAGACCACGACGUCGAAAGCUCCUCGGAUGAGUCCGUUCCCGAGCCAGUCGCUACAAUUCGCGCCCCCGGUGCUGGAUUGAAGACCCGCCCAUCACUGACUCCAGCAGACAUGGAUUCCAUGGCAGCCACUCGUCGCAAGAUUAGUGGUCAACAUAUACCCCCUGUCCCUCAGAUCCCACCAUUAAUGAAGCAGGCCUCCAACGAUUCCCAGGAACCAGAAAAAGAAGCUUCCAAGGUCGAUGCCGCCCCACAAUUAGCUUUGCCAUCCAAUCUGAGCCAGCGUCAAUCAAGCUUGAUGAAGUUGGAUAUUCCAUUCAGCAUCCAGGAAGAAAGCCUUGGCUUCGGCCUUAACAAGGAGUUUGACCGUGUGAUUGAAUCUCAAAAGGUGGCGUUCGACCUCGCUCUUUCCGUUCUUGAUUCUUCCCCCGUCCACUUCCAGGAGACCCAAACCCGAGGAUUUCCCAACUGCAUGCCUUACAAAUCACCGACUAACACAUUUUUACCAAAACAGAGAGGAUACCUCAUGCGUCAGAACACCAAGGUUGUUAUUGCCAGCAACCGAAGCGAGGAGGAGCCAGCCAUCCCUGAUGAUUCGACGACGCAAGACCCCCGUGGUACUCGAUCAGCCGGUUCAUCCCCACGCAAGGCAAGCCAACAGACUUGGACAACCGAACCUUGGAAUGGACAACCGAGAAAGCCUAGUGUGAAAAUGGCAGGUGGAGCGCCGAAGAAGAAGCCUCUGGGAGGACCAGUUCCUCCACUUCCUGGGCGCCAGAGCAAUGUGCAUGAAGCUCCCCCCACCAUUGAUGAAAACGAGCCGCUUGGCCAAGAGGCGUACGAGGAUGGUGAAGAGCGUGGUCGCAUUUUCGUCAAAGUGGUGGGAAUCAAGUACAUGGAUCUACCUCUCCCGCGUGGUGAACGAUCUUACUUUUCUCUCACCCUUGACAAUGGUCUCCACUGUGUGACUACCUCAUGGCUUGAGCUUGGGAAAUCAGCACCAAUCGGCCAAGAAUUCGAGCUUAUUGUGCAAAAUGAUUUGGAGUUUCAGUUGACACUCCAAAUGAAGGUAGACGAGAAUAAGCUUUACCCUCAGGAAGCGGCAAGCUCUCCACGCCAAAAGGCUUCCACCCUUAGCCGUGUGUUUGCAUCACCUCGUCGUCGCAAAGAGCUGGAUCUGCAGCAACAGAUGCAAUCACAACAGACAAAAACCAAGGACGUGAACGCCCCGGUAUGGGAGCGCCUGCGCAAUGUUGUUGCGCGUGAUGGAAGCUUUGCACGUUCAUACGUUGCUCUCAGUGAUCACGAAAAACACGCAUAUGGCCGUCCUUACACCGUUGACGUUCCUUGUUUCAACGAGUGGGCUGUGGACGAACAACCCAGCAGCGUGAAGAGUAAGAAGAGCGCCACCAGUAUUACUGCUCAGCGUCGUCCUCCCUACAAGAUUGGUAAAUUGGAGUUGCAGCUGCUGUUUGUCCCGAAGCCUAAGGGUGGAAACGAUGAUGAUAUGCCCAAGAGCAUGAAUGCCUGUAUUCGUGAGAUGCGUGACGCCGAGAGUGUUGCUUCCCGUAGUUGGGAAGGUUAUCUUUCCCAACAGGGUGGAGAUUGCCCAUUCUGGCGCCGUCGUUUCUUCAAGCUCCAAGGAUCGAAGUUAACCGCUUAUCACGAGACAACCCGCCAACCCCGUGCGACGAUCAAUCUGGCUAAGGCUGCUAAACUCAUCGAUGAUCGUCCAUCCCUCAUGCAAAAGGAGCCCACUGGUAAGACCGGUGGCCGACGGAAAUCAGCAUUUGCUGAGGAGGAAGAUGGUUACAUGUUUGUCGAAGAAGGAUUCCGGAUUCGCUUUGGCAAUGGCGAAGUCAUUGAUUUCUACGCGGACAGCCCGAGUGCCAAGGAGGGAUGGCUCCGCGUAAUGUCCGAGGCCGUAGGCAAAGGAUCUACCUCCAACGGUCCAAUCAAGGCCUGGGCUGAUCUUGUGCUCAAGCGGGAAAAGAGCAUGAAGUCUCGCCGCCAAACUGCCGACCGAUUCCCUCCCAGCAGCAUUCCUACCCCUACCUCCACUGCUACGCACAGAGCCAGUGCAAUUAUGGGGCCCCCUUCUUCAGCGGGAUCGCCGGCGCCGGCGCCCCAACCCACUCGUCCCAGACACAAGCAUACUUAUUCCCAACCCGAGAUGCCUAGUGCUGAAGCUCGCCGACAGAAGACUCGAUCCCUCAUGUUCUAA